AUGGGUCUGGUGGAGAAGCACGAAAUUAGCGAUUACUGGGGCGAAUUUGAAACGACACAAACACCUGGAUUUGGAAAAGUAAUGUCUAGAAAUAGAUUCCAAAUUAUUUUAUCUUUCCUCCACUUCACCAACAACGACAAUUACAUUGAGAGGGGGCAGCCAGGGUAUGACCGAAUUUUCAAGGUGCGGCCAAUUAUUGACAUCGUCAUCCCAAAAUUCUCUGCAGUGUACGGGCCACGCAAACAGCUGUCAUUGGACGAGAUGACAAUAGCUUUCAAGGGGAGGUCCACUCUGAAGCUGUACAACCCCAACAAGCCAGACAAAUAUGGGUACAAAGUAUUUGUCUUGAGCGAGGCCAAGUCAGGCUAUGUGCUGGAAUGGUCCAUGUACACUGGCCCAAAUGCUGACGCACAUGAGAUAGGUGCAUCCCAUCUCAUUGUGCGUAAGCUAAUGGCCCCACACACAGGAAAAGGCCAUGAAGUGUACAUGGACAGCUAUUACACCUCACCAGCCAUAGCAACUGAGUUGGCCAGCCGAGACACUGGCUUGUGUGGGACUGUCAGCAGUCAGAGAAGAGGCAUGCCCAAGGCCCUGCGACCUGCUGUGUUGCCCCUGAGAAAAGGUGAUGACCCUGUGUUCAUGCAAAAAGGCAAAAUGUUGGCAUGUGCCUGGCAUGACACAAAGCGUCUCACCAUGCUCUCCACGGUGCACGACAACACCUGUACCAGAAAGCGCAUUCGCACCAAACACAGCGCAACUGGUUACAGGGACAUUAGCAGGCCUGUCUGUGUGGACCAAUACAAUUCUUUUAUGGGUGGAGUCGACACAGCUGACCAGAGAAUGAAAACUUACCUUUUCCCACACAGAUCCAGGAAAUGGUACAAUCGCAUUUUCAAUGCUAUUAUGAGCAUCUGCAUGGUCAAUGCUCACAUUCUCUACAGCCAGUGUACUGCUACUCCACAAAAGACCAUGAAGGCUUUUGUGGAGGACGUUGUCACUGGACUGCUGGAAGGGUGGAGUAAGAAAGAGGGAAACAAGGGGGGCAGGCCUUCAGUGGACGGAGGGGAAAUGCCACGCAGGCUGACAGAGCGGCACUUUCUGAGAAAUGCUGAUGACCGUCCAGACUGUGUCGUGUGCUCAGAUCGCACCCGCCCUAAAGGCCGCCACCAAACAAAGUACAGGUGCAUUCAGUGUGGAGUGGGUCUGUGUGCUGUCCCCUGCAACGAGAGAUACCACACACUGAAAAAUUUCAAACAAUGUCACCUGGAUAUGUAG